AUGUGUGCUUGCGCGCACUCUUUUUUGUUUUAUGAGGCACAAAAGUGUCCGGAAAGCCGGAACAUUGAAUUAUUUCCAGAUCUGGAACGGAAAUUUCAACUGGAGCCGGUAUCAACGGAUCUUUCGGUUGGUAAACGCCUUGUUUUGACAUGCAUUCCCCCCAAAGGCAAACCAGAUCCAGAGGUCUACUGGUUAAAAGAUGGAAAACGAGUGAACGGUCAGGCAUUCCCGCACAUACUGAUCAAUGAUUACAAUCACCUAAUCAUUGAAAAUUCAACCACUACGGACAGUGGAAACUAUACUUGCGUGGCGGAGUGUCUCGGUGUGGAAUAUCGUUACGCAAAUGCCAAAGUGAAUAUAUUCCCUUAUCCUCCUCCCGUAUCCGCCAGUGGUCUCGAGCGUCACCCAGCAGCAGCCGCUAUACCUUCGCCCAGUGCAUCGAAUGGAUGGACUGAGUGGAGUCCAUGUGCAUGGUCUGCCGUUCAAAAUCCUCUGACCGAGUCACGCCAAUGUCAACAAACACGCUACCGCUUGUGCGCUGCCAAAGUGUCCUUGGCUCUGUCCCCAUCAACGGGUCAUUCCACUAAGAUGGACCAGCUGAACUCAGUUGCUGAAUCGUUAGAUUGUCCAGCGCCGUGGAUGCAAGCUCGAAACUGUACCCCAGCAGAUUGCCAGCGCCCCUGGGGGAGUUCCGUUCGGGCGGACGAAGAAGAUAAAUUGUCGCUGAAAAAUGUGGAACAACCCGGCUCGAUUAGGGCCAAAGAAAUUGCUAUUUAUGUGGGUCUGUUCCUUUCAUUGGCUCUUCUACUUGGUAUCUUGGCUGUGGUGAUUGCUCGACGACGCACGCUGAAGCUCACAUCUGUCCAAAUGAUGCCCUAUCCAUGUUGUUUUCAAGGUAAAAAGCACCAGGAGAAAAGUGCCAAAAUGACCAGAGAUUUGUUAUUGACCAACGAUUUCAAACAAUCCACAAUCACGUUUAAAAAUCCAAGCGCGGUCGAUCCACGUCAGUUGGACGAGAGUAUGCGCCCCGUGCGUGGUACCUCGGUGCCAAACGGUUCACAACUCAUGGUCAGCCAGUACAACAGCAACAACAACAACAACAACAACAACAACAACAGUGGUAGCAAUAACAAAAGCAACCUUGUGAAUGGGUUGCGUCAAGCACAUCCGUCCGUAACGAUUUACCCAGCACAUACCGUGCAGAUGCCCACACAAAACCUCCAUUUCGCUAACAGUCUGUCAUCUGCUAGUGCAACACCUCUCUUGCCACCACCACCACCACCCCCGCCACCACCACCACCACCACCUUCUCUUCCACCGAUCCCAACAAACCCGAUGCUCACCGGGCCUGCCAGCGGAGCAUCAGAAAUCAGUGGCUAUACUGGCAGUAUUCCGAGCACGCAGUAUUUUCUUGCUGGUAUGCCACCUGCAACCCAAAUGAUUCCACCGGGAUGUGUAUUGUCCUCAUUACAAGCCCCAAACUCGGUCGAAUACAUGAUGACCCCAACCACAUACAGUCAGAUCGAUCCAUCUCCCACCGAAACACCCGAUAAUCGGGAUGUCGAAGGUGGUCUGCCACGCCUGGCUCAACCUCAACCCCUAUUUAACGGCGCUAUUUUGACUCCUGUAUCAACCGGUAGCUCGUCUGGCCAAUCACCUGCAAAUACUGCCACAACAGCUAUCGGAUCGGGAAACGGGGGUGGAAGCAGUAGUAACGGGUCGCUGGGCGUGACCGGGCAAGUCGGUCUCAUCCCGGUCCCCGGGACCGGUUACAAUGCGGAUACCAACGAGCCGGAAGUUGCAGCCUAUGAGAUGCACUCCCGACCACCCUCAGGUCUGUACCACGAAUUGUCAUUGGAUCGUAGCUCAAUCGGUCGUGUUUCAUCUUCCCAAGAGAACAAUGCCAAUGUCAGUGCCGAGGAAACGGAGACCAUUGUGCGUGGCAGCAUGUCCGCCAACGGUGGUUUGUUAUGUCUGUUCUCCUCGGGUAAGUCAAACGUUCGAUUCUAUGCGUUACACCAACAACUCUUCUGA